AUGAGUCAGGUUAUACAACUCGUCCGAGAAGAAGAUUCCGAAAAGAAGACGAAAUUGUCAUUCAUUUCAAGAGAAGAUCUCUGGAAUGUAUCAAAAAAGUAUAAAAUCGAACCACCGUGUGAAGACUCUACCGAUGCGACUUCUAUGACUAUUCGCCGAAAGGAGCAGCGGUACCGAAAAUUGAAUGAGAUUAUGAGAACAUAUGCAGCCCUUGAAUGUAGAGCAAAGUCUCUGGCAGAAACGGACUCCGACGAUUCCCUGAAGAGACUAUAUAGGAUACUGAAGCACUUGAAGCAAGCAGCAUCUGCCGCUUCUGAUGACCUUACCUCAUCGCCAAAAUUGGCAAGACAAAGGGUUAGGCAGGAGGUUCAGGACGUCGAGUUAUUGCAG